GUUGUACCUUGGACCAUAUUGUACCUCGGACCGCUUCGAAUUCCCCUAUUUCCUCUUACAGUUUUCUUUCACCCAUAUCACCGAUGAGUUACAUACUUUUACACUACAGAUGUCGCCCAAAGUAAUUUGACAAGAAGGCGGGCUGUUCUAAGUUAUACCACGUUUGCAUAUUAUUGAGUGUCAAAGUAAAUAUUAAUCAAAUAAUAAUCUUUGAUCACCUGUGUUAUUUUGAAGGAUUGCUCAAAAAUGCCUCGAAGUCAAAGUGGAAAAAAGCGUGACAAAGUUGAUUCGGAACAAUUGACAAGAGCUGUACAAGAAUGCGUGAAUGAAGGUAUUGCCCUUCGGGAAGCAGUAAGGCGAUAUGGAGUAUCAAAAACCACGUUAAUUAGACACAUUCGUUCCUUCAAAAACUCAGGAGCGGACAGAUUUACGUACAGCGCAAAUAACAAUGUGAAGCAAGUAUUUUCGAAAAAUGAGGAGGAAGCACUGACAACUUAUUUAAUCACGGCUGCACGUCUUCAUUAUGGGUUAACCAAGGUUGAAGUAAGAAAAUUAGCCUACCAGUAUGCAUCAGCAAAGGAGAAGCGGUGUCCUGACACCUGGAAUGAGAAGAAAAUGGCGGGAAAGGAAUGGUUACGACAAUUUAUGAAACGGCACCCAAAUUUGUCUCUCCGAAAACCUGAAUCGACUAGUUUAGCGAGAUCCACGGCAUUUAAUCGAGUCAAUGUAACGACAUUUUUUGCAAAUUAUAAAAGUGUUUUGUCUAGAGGAACUUUUUCUGCAGAAAAUAUCUGGAACAUUGAUGAGACCGGCAUAACAACGGUACAUGUUCCGCCUAGAAUUAUUAGUCCCAAAGGAGUCAAACAAGUUGGACAGAUGACAAGUAGUGAGCGUGGCCAAAACGUUACUUUAAUUGCUGCCAUAAAUGCACUUUGGAAACGCGAUCCCACCAAUGCUGAUAUUUCCGCGGGUGCAUUUCAAGGCCAAUAUGCUUAAGGGCGGCCCAGUUGGCUCGAUUGGUGCAGCCAAUCCAUCAGGCUGGUCGAAUGUAGAUUUAUUUUAUAAGUUUAUGCAACAUUUUGCAAAUCACGUCAAGCCGAAUAUCGAGAAACCGACAAUUAUUCUAUUAGAUAACCAUGAUAGCCAUAUUAGCAUCUCGACGAUUGACUUUUGCAAAGCAAAUGGAAUUAUGUUAGUGACAUUCCAUCCCCACACAAGCCACAAGUUUCAACCGUUAGACAGGACAGUGUUUGGGCCCUUAAAAACAUACUAUAACAAAGCUUGUAGUGAAUGGAUGUUAAUGCACCCUGCUCAACCAAUCACGAUAUAUGACGUAGCGGAACUAAUUGGUAAAGCAUUCCCGCAGGCCUUUACGCCUUUAAAUAUUCAAAAGGGAUUCAAAGUAGCAGGUCUUUAUCCUUUUGACGAAAACAUUUUCCAAGACCACGAGUUCUUAGCCAGUUAUGUAACAGACCGUCCGUUAAUUGAGAAAUCUAAUUCCAGUAGUGAUGCAUUACCAUCCGCAAGUGUGGAUGGAUUACCAUCUACAAGUUCAGAUACAUUCUUAGUUUCCUGUACUUCAUCCGAACAAGAUCAGUCAGUCAUCACCCCUGAGACAUUGCGCCCAUUCCCUAAAGCACCUAUGCGAAAGAGAACUGGUGGUCGUCCAAAAGGCAAGUCGCGUAUUCUUACGGAUACACCAGAAAAAGAGGAAUUAGAACGAAAACGCGAUUUGAAGACUAUUAAAAAUGUUACCAAAAAUUUAUCAAAGAAAGAUCAGAAAGUUAAAGUCACGGUGAAAAAAAGAGCACUUGAUUCCUCCGAAAGUGAGUCAAUUCCUUCAUUAUCUUCUGGAGAGCAUGAAACUUGGGAGGACAUUAUCUCUGAAGAUAGAGAAUGGCUAGAAAUUGGUACUUUGCAACAGUUAAAUGAAGACUAUCAAUUUCAUAGAGGUGAUUUUGUACUGGUAAAAGUAUCAGGGAAAAAAACAAUAAAAUACUAUGUUGGUGAGAUCAUAAGCAUAGGCGAUGAAAAUGAACUUAGGUACCUGCGGCGAGUUAACAACACCGAUAAAUUUGUGAAUGAUUCUGCAGAGACAUACGACUUUUGUCCUACCGACUUAGUUUGUAAGCUACCGCAACCGAAAACCCUAAAAGGGACUGCUCGACAUAGCUCACUAUUAUAUUUUGAAGUUAAUUUUGACAAUUAUAAUGUUAGUUAAAGCCUAAAGUAUUUUUAGAAUGAUUGUGUGUAGAAUAUUAAAAUAAGUUUUAUUUCUCUCAUUACUUUCCUUUUUUGGACCAAGGUACAAUCGUUUGUGGACCAAGGUACAUGACGAGUUUGUACCUUGGACCGGUUUGUAUUACUCACUAAAUAGUGUGCUUGUGAGUUUUUAGUUUAAUAUUCCAUGUCCGAAUAUAAAAUAAAUU